AUGAAUUCCACCAUCAAUCCCAUAGCGGCUCCUGUCAUCUGGCAGGAGGCACGCACUGCUGAAGGUAGACCUUAUUACUACAAUGUCGAAACGAAAGUAACUCAGUGGAAGAAGCCCGAAGAGCUUAUGACUCCUGCGGAGGUUUGUAUCAACACUCUUCGCGCUUCUGCAAACGUUAUUGCAGCUUCGCCGUGGAAGGAAUAUGUACAUGAGGAUGGGCGCAAAUAUUGGGUCAACUCAGAAACGAAGGAAAGCACUUGGAAAAUGCCCGAUGCCUACAAGAAUGCGCUCGCAGCAGAUUCAUCUGCUUCUCUUCCAACAUCUUUUGCCGGACGUAAUUCUAACCAGACUUAUCCCCAAAAUCGUGAUCGGAACGAUUACCACGAUCGAGGAGGCUACAACGAGCGCCGUGGUUAUGGAGGAGGCCAUGACAAGUACGCGAUGGUUGCUAUUCCAGCCUCAGGGAGUCAAUUUGAACCCGAGUAUCACACCAUAGAAGAGGCCGAAGCUGCUUUUAUGAAGAUGCUCAAGCGCCACAAUGUUGGUCCCGAUUGGACCUGGGAGCAAACCGUGCGAGCGACUAUUAAAGAUCCUCAAUACCGUGCCCUUCGAGACCCUUGUGACCGCCAGGCUGCCUUUGAUAAAUAUGCGAUUGAGGUUCGCGUUCAGGAAAAGGAACGGGCGAAAGAAAGAUUCGCAAAGCUCCGCGCAGACUUUACUGUUAUGUUGAAGCGUCAUCCUGAAAUUAAAUAUUACAGUCGCUGGAAGACAAUCCGUCCCAUUCUCGAGGGAGAAACUACAUUUCGCACGACUAAUGAUGAGAGCGAAAGACGCCAACUUUUUGAUGAGUAUGUUGUUGAGCUUAAGAAAGCUCAUGUGGAACUCCAGACAGCCACUCACAAGGCCGCUAUGGAAGAGUUGAUUGGCAUCCUCAACUCGCUCGACCUCGAGCCCUACACGCGCUGGUCGGAAGCCCAUGCGGUCAUCCAGUCUCAUGAAAAGAUCCAGACCGAUGAUAAGUUCAAAUCCUUGUCCAAGUCUGACAUAUUGACCGCAUUUGAAAAUCAUAUCAAAAUUUUGGAACGCACUUUUAACGAUGCCCGUCAAGAGCAGAAGGCAACUCGAGCCCGAAAGGAGCGCCACUGCCGAGAACAGUUCCUUGAGCUCCUGGCAGAAUUGAAAAGCCAAGGCAAGAUAAAGGCGGGGUCUAAGUGGGUGACUAUCCGCCCUUUGAUCCAAGAUGAUCCUAGGUACCAGGGAAUUCUUGGCCGGUCCGGCUCCACUCCUAUGGAUCUGUUUUGGGAUGUCGUUGAAGAAGAAGAACGUUCCAUUCGUGCUAUUCGCAACCACGUUUUGGACGUACUUGAUGACCACCGACAAAAUGUGACCCCAAGCACUACACUUGAUGAGUUCAACGUCAUUAUGGCGUCUGAUCGACGUACCUCGACGGUCGACCCAGAGAUCCUAACUCUCAUUUUCCAGCGCCUCCAGGAUAAGGCAAUUCGCCGGAGCGAAGAGGAGAAGCACGCCGCUGAUCGACAUCAGCGCCGCGCCGUCGAUGCCCUGCGCUCGCUUAUCAAACACCUCGAGCCUCAAGUACGUGUGACUGAUACAUGGGAGCAAGUUCAGCCCAGACUGGAAAAAUACGAUGAGUACAAAGCUGUUGAGUCGGAUGAACUUCGUCAGUCCGCCUUUGAGAAGGUGAUUUCUCGCCUCAAGGAGAAGGACGAUGAAUUUGAAAAGGAACGUGAGUUCCGAAACCGCCGAGACCAUGAACGUAGUGACCGUGACUACCGCAGUACUCGAGGAGAACUCUCCCCUGAGCAAGAUGCCUACGAGGCAGACCGUCGGAAGGCUCAGGCCGAGCGCGAACGAACCUAUCGCAAAAUCACGGAAAUCUCAUCCCCUACUGAUCGCCGUGACGACCGCGAUCGUUACCGCCGGGACGUUGAUCGCCGUUCCCGAGACCUGGAUCGUCGCGAAGACGAGCGCGAACGACUUUAUCGCACUCGCGGCGACCCCCGUGGUGGCCGCGAUGAACUUGACUAUGGUGAUACCCGUAGUCACGCUGUUAGCAACGGCGAUCGUCGUCGCCGACGUGAGAGUGAUGCUAGUGUGGCCAGUCGGUCUGUGAAGCGCUAUCGUCGUGAUAGCCGUGAGCCAGAGCGUAGCAAGGACCCUCGCAAGGACCGUACUUUAGAGCCUGCUAUCAUUGAGGAGGUGAAGAUCGCCAAGGCUACCCAUUCCGGUAGCGAGGAAGGCGAAAUUGAGGACGAUUGA